UUUGAAAGAUGGGGAUCACAAGCGGCACGAAGCGCUCCGGGGCGCCCACGUGGGGCACCCUGCCCAGUCCGAGAGAGCAAGGGCUGGGGAGACUCCCGGCGGCGACACCGCAGCCAGAGAACUGACCUCAGACACCGGGGUUUCGUGGUGGCGGCGGCGGGAGGGUCACCGCGUCAGAAAUCCCGACCGGGCCUGACUUCCGGCCCGGGAGGCCCCGCGGCCUCGGGCUCUGGCCGCCGGCCAGGGAGGCGUCGCCCGCCGCGCCGGGCCCGAGGCUCUUCCUGGGCGCAGCGCGCGCGGAGCGGCGGGAUUGCGCGCUCGGAGCGCCCGCGGGCCCGGCCGGCGCGGGGCGGCGACAUGGAGGACGGCGUGCUCAAAGAGGGCUUCCUCGUCAAGAGGGGUCACAUCGUCCACAACUGGAAGGUGCGAUGGUUCAUCCUUCGGCAGAACACGCUGCUGUAUUACAAGCUCGACGGGGGUCAGAAAGUGACCCCUCCUAAGGGCCAGAUCCUUCUGGAUGGCUGCACCAUCACCUGCCCCUGCCUGGAGUAUGAAAACCGACCACUCCUCAUUAAGCUGAAGACUCGAACGUCCACUGAGUACUUCCUGGAGGCCUGUUCUCGAGAGGAGAGGGACGCCUGGGCCUUUGAGAUAACAGGUGCUAUUCACGCGGGGCAGCCAGGGAAGGUCCAGCAACUCCACAUACUGAGAAACUCCUUCAAGCUGCCCCCUCACAUCAGCCUGCAUCGCAUUGUGGACAAGAUGCAUGAUGGCAGCACUGGAAUCCGGCCAAGCCCCAACAUGGAACAGGGAAGCACUUACAAAAAGACCUUCAUAGGCUCCUCCCUGGUGGACUGGCUCAUCUCCAACAGCUUUGCAGCCAGCCGUCUGGAGGCCGUGACCCUGGCUUCCAUGCUCAUGGAGGAGAACUUCCUUAGGCCGGUAGGCGCCAGAAGCAUGGAAGCCAUUCGCUCUGGAGAUCUGGCCGAACAGUUCGUGGAUGACUCCACGGCGCUGUACACUUUUGCUGAGAGCCACAAGAAGAAGAUAAGCUCCAAGGAAGAAAUCAGCCUCAGCACUGUGGAGUUAAGUGGCAGAGUGGUAAAACAAGGCUAUCUGGCCAAGCAGGGGCACAAGAGGAAAAACUGGAAGGUGCGGCGCUUUGUUCUGAGGAAGGACCCGGCUUUCCUGCAUUACUAUGACCCCUCCAAAGAGGAAAACCGGCCAGCAGGUGGGUUUUCUCUUCGUGGUUCACUUGUGUCUGCUCUGGAGGAUAAUGGCGUCCCUGCUGGUGUAAAAGGCAAUGUCCAGGGAAAUCUCUUCAAAGUGAUCACUAAGGAUGACACACACUAUUAUAUACAGGCCAGCAGCAAGGCUGAGCGAGCUGAGUGGAUCGAGGCUAUCAAAAAGCUAACAUGACAAGGACCUGAGGGAACAGGACUGGGAUUCCUCCCUCCUGCCAGAUGAUAACACAGGAUUUCCUGGAGAUUGGAAAUGUGCUGAGACUUUUAGGUUCUUUGUAUAUUUUGUACUGCUUUGCAGUGAAACUGCUGGAGCUCCUUAGAUUACAAUCAACAGUGGUGCUUCCCCUUCCCCACCUUCAUGGUGGCCUGGAAAUGCUCGAGCAGCCAUUAGGUGUUGCACCGUGACUUUUGCCCAUCAUCAUAGGCAGCCAUUCCUCCGGCACAAAGUAUUCCCUUGUAACAAUAACAGGACAAGUUGUAAAGCUAAAUAAAAUGCUAGUCUUAUGGCAGCUCUCUCGGAAAUGUUGUCAACAACUGUUAACUCCUUCUUUGGAAUUAAUAAAAAAUGACAUUUGUUUCUGGCUCUUAGAAA